CUCCCCCCUUCCUCCUCCCUGGGCAGAGGUACCUCCAGGGAGCGGCCAGUGCGCAUGCGCUAAGCAUGGCGCUGGGGAACAGCUGACUGACAGUGUGCCUGCUGCCUGUUGACAGUCUCUGCUGCUGCUGGGGGUCGGUCAGGAUGAAGCCUUUAGGGUUCCUGCUCGCCUGGGGGUUCCUGGUCACAGAAGUGAGUUCCCUUCUUCCAAUGCCCCUUACAAUGGUCAAUCUGCACCCCCCCUCCCUCUCUCCCUGUGUGUAUUGUUAGUACAUAUCGCCAGCUUGCCCUCUACUGGCUCCAUCUCAUACUCAGCACUGCUAUAGGCAGCCCAUGCUACAGCCUGUCUGCUCAGUAUCCCCAUGGGAUUCAUCAUUCACAUUCCUUUAGUUGUAUAAUAUAAUUUUUUUUUUUUUAGAUUUUUUUUUUUGUGUUUUUAUGUAUUUAAUUUUUUUUUUUAAUUUUUUUUACACCUGAUUUAGCUUUAUGUCUCAUUUAUUGCCCUCUCCUAAAACUGCCCAGCCCAUCUCAGAUCAUGUGCUGUAUCAAAGCUGCAACCAUUACAGCAUUGGCAGCCCUUUAAAAAAAAAAAAUAAAAAAAAAAAAGCCCCAUAUGUAUCUGGUGCACUGGAAUUUGUAACACUGCUGUCAAAACAAAUAUAUAAUGCUUUGUUAUAAGGACAAGCCUUGUAUGUAGUGUUGUAUACACUGAUUUUACUGAAUUUAGGAAAGGUGGAGAUAAAACAAUAAUGCUUUGUUAUAAGGACCAGCCUAGUCUGUAUGUUAUACACUGAUUUACUGAAUUUGGGAAACAUGUACAGUUUAUGCUGCCCAAGUACACAGCCCCCCCCCCCUCACCCCCUAAUCUCCUCUCAGGGGAACACAGUAACACCUCAUCUGUAAGGUUAACAUACACCUCUAGUAGAACGUUUAGAUCAGGGGUAGGCAACCUUUUAGCAGCACUGUGCAGAUAUAGGAUUGUGAUGUCCCAUAGCGUGUGGUCUUAUUUUUUUUAAAAUUGAGGUGUGUAUGUUGCCGUAUGCUGCUUGUGUUAUUUUUACUGUAAUUGCUUUGUAUUGUUGUCUAUGUGCGUAUAUGCAGGGCUGUCUUUAAUAUUGACUGGACCCUGGGAAAACCAUUUGCUUGGGGCCCCCUGGACCCUGUCCCCCCUCCCCAGGCGUGCAAUCACGUCAUCCACCCCAACGCUGACCCACACAGACAUGCUGACCCACACAGACAUGCUGACAGACACACACAAGCAUACUAACACACGCCAAAUUUACACUUUAAAACCCACCCUCCAGUUUCCUACCUUUCCUGCUGGUGGCUGAAGGUAUUGGGAGGUGGGGUCUGGCCCCCUCCACUCUGCCUACUCUUCUUUUCCGCGCGCUCAUCUCUUUGUGGGAGGAAGUAAUGUACAGCGGUCCCUUUCUCCCAGCCUGCUGCCGAAAAGCAAGGGGCCCGCUCGCGCUGUUAAAGCGCUUCAGCGCGCGACCAGACUCCUGCUGUGCAUGGGCCAGCCGGUGGGCCUCCUUAGUGUGCGGAUUACCGGCCGGGGGGUGAAAAAUAGUUGAGGCCAGCGGGGCUCACAGUGCAGCUGCCCCGUUUGCCCCGCGUUAAAGACGGCCCUGCGUAUAUGAGCUAUUAUAUUGUAUAUGUUCAUGAGUAGUUUAUGAUAUUGUGUAUGAUACAUAUGAAUGCAAGCUGUGUAUGGGGCUGCUUGUGGAAUUGUGUGUGUGUGUGUGUGUGUGUGUGUGUGUGUGUGUGUUGAUGGAUAUGUCACGUUGUGUGUGGGGGCUUAUUGGGGUAUUGCAUGUGGGAUUGUGUGCAUGUAUGUGGAUUGUUAGUGGUGUUGCGGAUUGUGUGUAUGUUUGUGUGUGGGCUGUCCAUAUUAUUUGUAUGAGGGGAGGGUUAUUCUGCAUUUCUGUGUAUAUCUAGCAGUGUGGGUGACUUCCCUGGGUUUUAGUGGGGACCAGGCCGGCCAGGUACAUGUCAAGGACAGGAGCUGCAAUUGCGUGCUGCUCUACUACUGUGUGGAUUUGCAUUCACAAGUGCUGGGAGGAAGUGAUCUGAGAUCACUUCCUCUACGUGCUGCAAUGCAUAAAUUGAGGAUUGUCCUUCACCACCUUUUCGGAUUAGCAGACAUCUGAAGUUUUACUGGGACUCCUGAUAGGCCAGAGCCUGUUUGGCUCUAGCAGCCUUGAGUGCCGUGCAUGGCACUAGUGCCAUAGGUUGCCUACCCCUGGUUUAGAUAAUGUCAAAUGAUAGUAUUAGAACCUUCGGCACUCUCAUAAUGCUCUUACAGCCAUAAUGGUGGCAAAGCAUCAUGGAAGAUGUAGUCAACAAUAUCGGGAGUACUGAAGGUUGCCUAUCUCUGAGUUUCUGUUGAGUUUUUUUGUGUGAGAAAACUGAUGGCAAUACAGGUGUAAGGAAAUUACUAAUUAGCCAGACUUAACGUACAUCUCUAUAAGGUUCAUAGUGUUCGAUGGUAAAUACUUAUGGCACAAAUUGAGUAAUUCUGUGAUUUAAUUUACAGCCGUUCGGAAUUGAUGUUGGACUACUUAUAUGUAGAUGCGUGUAUCGUGAUAUUUUGGUCGUGAGGAAAUCAGCGUGUCAUCUUAUGAACAUGUUAUGAUCUGUACAUGGUGCUAACAAUGCAUAUAAAAAAAAAAAAAAAUUUUUUUAAAUCAACAUUUACAAAAAAUCUUGUUUUUUUCCCUAAACUGUAACUGUAGGCAGUAGACCGCGGAAUUGCAUUUUGGGGCAAACUAGCCAAGUCAAAAAAAUAGUUAAGUUAAAGAAUGUCUCCAAUUUGGGAAUGUUGACCUAAAAUUUGCAAUUCCUUUGGUCGCUUCCUGACAGUUCCCAAUUUUCAGUGUGUCAUGUGAUCCAGUCUAUGCAGCACAGAUUAUGUUAUCGUCAGUGCUGCAAAAAUUAUUCACACUGGUUAAGGCAGAAUAUAUUUUUUUGGUGUGUCUUUUUAGUAUUUGAAACUAACCCUAGCCUAUAUUUAGUGCAACUUAGACACCCACUUUGGCUUAAUAGUUUUGUGGAGAUGUGGUUAAGUUCACCUGAAUCUCACACCAUGCCCGAGGCAUUCAGUAUAACAGUCCAUAAACUGCUGAUUUGUCACUGUCCGCUGUUGCUACUUUUUUAAAGCCAUAUCUAUGGACUGGAUACUAAUCUCAUGCAAGCUCUACCAGUGCUUAAUGUUUGCAGUUACUGUUGUAGAUGAUGUGUGAAAUGGUUCUAACUGAAGUUCUUUACACAUUCAAUAACGUGUAGAGAUUAUGUAAUUAGAGAAUUAUAAAGCGGACUUGCCAUCCUUUGAAAUGAUGGAUGAAACAUCAGCUUCAAGAAAGCGUACAAGGUAAUCUGUACUUUGUUCAAGUUAAAUUUGUCAGUACUUGUAUAGAUUAUAAUAUCCACUUCUGACUGUUUGCAUGUAUUGGCCUGUUCCCAAAUUCUUUAGUGCGGUAUCCCACAAAAAACGGUACGUGAGUGCUAACCACUGGGAUGUCACAUUAAAGCAUUUGGGGUUUUCUACAUACCUGUAGUUGUUAACUUGGGAUAGAGGCAAUCACUAAAGCAAAUUUCAAAGAACAUUCAAAAAUGCAUAUUCAAAUGAGAGACACUAAAAAACAUACCCCUCAUUACACUUCACACUGAUUAGCACAUGUUCUGCAAGUUACAAGGUAGGGCCUCCAUGAAUCUUUAUUUUGGCUCCAGCACACAGAUGUUCAGUCAGACUGAGAUCUUGGGAAUUUGGAGGCAAAGGAUACACCUUAAACUCUUUUGUCAUGUUCCUUACACCAUUCCUAAACAUUUGCAGUGUGACAGGGUGCAUUAUCCUGCUGAAAGAGGUCACUACUACCCCAGAACACCAUUGACAUGAAGGUGUGUACGUGUUCUGCAGCAAUCUCUAACAUCCAUAUGAAUGCCAGGACCAACGGUUUCCUAGCAGAACAUUGGCCAGAGGAUAACACUGCCUGGCCAGCUUGUCUUCUUCCCAUAGUGCAUGUAGCUGUCAUCUCUUCUCCAGAUAAUGACGCAUGCACACGGCCUAUUAUCUGAUCUAAAAGGAAACCUGAUUCAUAAGACCAGGCAACCUUCUUUCAUUGCUCCCUGGUCCAGUUCUGACACUCACAUCCCCAUUGAGGUCACUACUGGCGAUGGACAGGGGUCAUCGUGGGCACUCUGACCAGUCUGCGACUACACAGCAAACUACAAUGCAUUGUGUGUUUUGACACAUUUCUGUCAUGGCCAGCAUUACGUUUCUAAGCAUUUUGAGAUACUGUAGCUCUUCUGUGUGAUCGGACCAGAUGAGCUAGCCUUCGCUUCCCAUUUGCAUCAAUAAGCCUUGGACUACCAUGAUCCUGAUGCCAGUUCACUAGUUGUCUUUCCUUGCAUCACUAAAUAUAGGUAAAAGUGUAAAAAAUAAAAAAAAAGUCUUGCCUUUCACUCUUGAUAGGAGCAAAGUCCUUGAUUCUGCUACAAAUCAAACAAAUAAAGCAGAGUUAAUCAGUGAUAAAUACAAAAAAUGAGUGAAGGCAUAGUGUGUCUAGUACACUGAAACUUAAAGGGACACUAUAGUCACCAGAACAACUACAGCUUAUCUACUUUAGAUAGAUGUAUGCUACAGAAAGGUGCCUAUAAUGCCAACCUUAAAAUGGACACUAUAGUCACCAAAACAACUACAGCUUAUUGUAGUUGUUCUGGUGAGUAUAGCAUGCCCCUGCAGGCUUUUUAAUGUAAACAUUGCCUUUACAGAAAACUACAAAAACCACCUGGAUCUGGGACCCUAGAACCCUUUAACGAUGAACUAUCUGAUAGAACCUCAUCUUUUGUGAUCUUAGUCCACAGAGAGGGCAGAAAAUCCCCCUAUAUCUUGGAAAAGAUUAGGGUCUCAAAAGAGUGGAGAGCAGCUGCAUGAUCUAAGUUGCUCUCUGAAAAUUUUGAUGAGUGAUUAUAAAGGUUCUAGUAGAACUAUAACUGAUAUACUUAGGGGACAAUAAUGAGGUAGCCCUCUAUUCUUAACUGCUAGAAUAGUUGUAGUUUUGGACUAGGACAUUGUGUAACAAUUAUUUCAGAGAUCCUAACACCACGCUUGGUUCUAAUUUUGCAGUUUAACUCACAAGUCUAAGGAGUGUACAUAUGCAGGAGUUAAAGCAAGCGUUGUUGUAGCGAUAUUGAGUUAAUCUCUGUAUUAUCUAUAAUUUGCAUCAAUAUUUGAGUGGCUAAAAAGAGAUCAAUUCUAGAGCAAGCACUGGGUGGAGUAGAGUAAAAAGCAUGACCCACUGUACUUGAUUUAUGAACCUUCCAGGCAUCAACGAUUGUAUAUAAAAAAUUUGCCAUGACAUCUUAAGAGAAUGGAGGGCACCCCGAUUAGCGCUUCUGUUUAUCGCAGGACAUGGCUUAGCGUUAAUGUGCUCUCCCCUUAAAGAUAAUAAUGCAACUUGCAUUCCACCAUGGCAAGAAUUGCAUCUCAAAAUAAUGGGCAUAUAGAUAAAGAAAAUAAAAUGUGUGGCAAUUCAGUCCUGUAUCAAGAACAUCUCUACUCUUGUCCUUAUUACAUAGAGUACAUGAGUGAAGGGAUACAUCUAAAGCAUGUUUUUUGUAUGAGACAAUUGCCAUGGACAUAAGCUCUGUUGUGAAUUGUGUCAGUUUAUAUUGGAGAUUCUCGGAACAUGUGUCUCUUGGAUGAAUGCAGUAUCCAGGCAUUUUUUAAUUAUCAAAGUUGUAAUCUGAGAAAAAAAAAUGUAAUUUUUUUUUUUUUUUUUAGAACCAUUAUGUCCUUUUGCAUUAAUCAACACUAUCCAAAGGGUCACAGCGUAGUAACGUGUAAGUAGAUCUAUUGGUUGGUGCCUAAAAUGGCUUGACCGAUGUGUUAGUGGGAGCCAGUGAUGCCCCCCUGAGCACCCGUAUGCACAGGAAUCCAGCAGUGACCAGAUAUUGGUAGCAAAUCACUUAAAAGUUGCAUAGAACAGAGGACGUAGCUUUAUACAGCAAGCACCACCAACCCUUCAAAGUAGCUGGUCAUACGUCUUGGUAGACUUGCAUGGUGUGGUAUCUUAGAAUUGGAUGUAGAAUUCUCUGUUCUGUUGUACAUUGGCCUCAUUUUGUUUUGAAAGAAGUGAAAUCUUGACUUCUACUUCUUUGGAGAGGUGAGCCUGCAAGGCCCCGUACUAUUAAUGUAUUACCUAGAAAUGAUCUGGAAUGUAAUGGAGCAAAAUAAAGGAGCAAAUUUUGUAACUGGGAAGUUUAUAGACUUUAUGGUAGGCAUCUGACGUAUAUGGUUUUUGUGCCUGGAGAGAUCUUCCUAAACACUUUCCACCUGUUGAGUAGUCCAUUGUAUCAUUAUGGGCCUUUACUAAUUGGUCAACAUGAGUUUCCAGUUCGGUGGUGUGUUGGCCCAAUGCCUUGCUUUUGUCCUUGAUCUCCCUAGACUCUCGGGCAAUUUCUUUAGAUAGAAAAUAUUUAGGGUGGCCCAUAUAGUGCAGGAUGUGAGGCUGGACUUUUCUCCUGUCCCUCUGUAGCAUUAAGGCUGUCUCUGUGUGCUGCUCUUCCCCAGCACCAUCUUGGCUUGUGUCAUGAGGUUUUCGGGCUGUAGUGAACAGGGAUGCCUCUGUUGAAUCUCUUCUCUUUGGCCAAUUUUUCUGUAGGUUCUUAGAGCACAUGAUGUUUCCCAGCUGAUACACACCACUCUGCAUUUUCAGUGGGAAUAUUGUGAGGUGCGAAUAUGCUUACACAGUGCUUUAAGUGGGGCUACAAAGCUAAGCAACCAUACACUUUGUUGUCCAAACCACACCCAUUGGAGAUUUUCAAAUAUUUAUUCAAUUAUGUAUUUUUCAGAAAAAUAAAAAGUAAUAAGUAGAAAUGAUUUUUAACAGAAACUAAAAUCAUCAAUGGGUUACUGCAACCAGCAUGCCCACGUCAGUGAUUUCAAGUGGUCAUGGUGGUAGGAGUCUGGAUGUGCAGUGUUUUUGUUUCAAACACUGCACAUCCAGAGUUAUUGUUAAUUGUGUGCUAGUUACACCCCCAGCACAUGUGACAUAGGCAACCCAGAACUCUGUUCCGGGCUGCCCAAUGUAAAUUUUUCCCGUGGCACCUGCAAAUAGAAGAUUGUUUUCACCUCCGUCCUUUGAUCCUACUUUAUUUUUAAAUAGUAAAUCCCACCCUCCCUAUCAAAAACAAUCCCCUCCUGGCGAAACGGCCCAGUCAAAGGCUGAGAAUUAGGCCACACUAGUGUUGGGAGACGCCAUGAUGGGGUAUGGAAGAGCAAUGCUGGGACCUUUGCCCGAAACUGGAUUAAGAUUAGUUUAAAACUUUUCCCACAGGGCAUCUGUAAUAUAAAAAUUUUUAUUUUUAUUUUCAGGGCUAGAGUAACCUUUUAAGCUUUUAUUAUCGUCACGUAGUUUGGAAAAGAAAGGAUGACAAUUCAUUGUCCAUUUUUAUUAAAUAAUUGAUCAUUGUUAAAAACUGCCGUGUACCAGUUCCGAGUGAAUAAGGUACUACAGAGCACAACGGCUUGAAUCGGAAUGUAUGAAAUCAUUAUGCUCUCUGUAACAAGGCACAGGAGAUUUCCAUACCUUUUGUAACAUGUAUAAAAAUAGCAAACCUUUAUUGUGCUCUGAAAAAUACUGGGUUUCUAAAAACAAGUUUAAUUUGCAUCAGGCCAGAUGGAUUUACCCAAAUUGUUGCUGUAGACUAACAUCAGCAUGUAUCUGUUCCACAUUCUGCUAUUUUAACACAUUUUAAUUAAUGUUUGCAUCAUGGGCUUAUGGUGUGUCUUUUUGUUUUUUAUUUCUAAGAUUUCCUAUGAGAAAGAAAGAGAGAAAUAAAUAAAAAUAAAAAAUAAAAAUAUAUAUAUAUAUAUAUAUAUAUAUAAUAUAUGUGUGUGUGUAUGUAUGUAUGUAUGUAUGUGUAUAUAUGUUACAUCUUCUUGGAAGUGGCCCAUAGCAAUUAGACACACGUUUAGCCCUGCAGUCUAAAACAUUGAUGUUUAGUAGAUACAGAAAUAUUUGAAUGGCAGGCCUAACACACCUUUAAUGGCUAUCUUCCUGACCGCCAACAGAGGUGUUUCUGCUCUCAUAACGAUGUUUCUCUUGGUUAUGUGAUAUUCUGCGUCCUCACACAUUGCAUGAAUAUGUUGAAUGUCAUCAAAUGCUAAUCCUAGGAAAGCAAUUGAUUCAGUGUUUCCCCGUGAGAAGCAUUUGAUUGGACAUGCACCAGAAUCUUGCCGCACAUGUGCUUCUCACCCCUUGGAUUCUCUGAGAAGCAUCGGAUUGGAUAAGAAGGCAAUAAAGCGACGUCUGCCGAAUGAUGUAAAAACCUUUUUAUAUUGUUUUUUUAGUCGCAUUUAAGUUAGGAGAGCACUCUAAUCUAAACAGUAAAGGGACGUUCUAGCGUUAGGAAUACAUGUUUGUAUUCUAAAUGCAGUUUAUAAAUGCCCUAAUAAUAAUGAGCUAUUAUUUAACAUUAGCUUGCUAAUCUCCAUAUUUAAAAGGAUGCUCCGUACUAGAGGUUAUAUGGGAAACUCAUCUAGAUUUAACCAGACUGUUUUCAAGAAAUUUGACAAAAUCUAGGGAAAUUCCAUGACUCACCCUGUCUGUAGCAGGAAACAUCAUAAAAAUGAGGAAGUUCACUCCCUCGUUAUCCAUCUGCAUAUUGGUACGUGCACAAAUAAGUGAGACUUAAAGUGAACCUGUAGUGAAAAAUGUAAACUUCCCUUAAAUGCUCCCAUAUAAAUUACAUAUAUCACAAAGGUUUAUGAUGUAUUCAAUGUAAAAUAUAAAAAUUUAUUCACCUUUUCUCUGUUCCAGUGCCGCUUCGAGAGUGUUACUCGUCAUGUAACACCCACCUCUGGGCCAUCUUCCGUUUACCCUGCUCUCUUCUUUUAUUUUCCCUGCUUGGGUCGCAUCCCUCAGUUUCUUCACUUACUAGCUGGCGCUAGAAGUAUCCUUUGCAACCGCAGCGCAUGCAUGGCGGUUGCUAUGCUUGGGAGAACAGAAGGACCUCCUGUGGGAUGGUCUUUGCUGCUCUCCCUUGUCAGUCAGUGCCUCGGAAUUCAGUGUCAAGUGCCAAGGCAUUGAGUGACUGCUGGGAGAGAAACUCAUUCUAAAUAGGCUUUUCUUCCAAACUAUACAUCUGCUAGCAUGCUUGCACAGUGUGUGGAUGAAAUAUCAUGUUCUUUCACAAGAGCAUAAAUGUAAAAAUUUCACUACAGGUACUUAUUAAGGCCAAAAUAGCAGACCUGGAAAAGUUUGGGGAAAGUAGGCCAUGGUUCUAGUUAAGUUAAUUUUGGCCUCAGAUUUUGAAUUCCCUGCAAUUCCCACUGUAACAAGACUUUGAUAUUGAUGUUCCUGACUGAGGGUGAUCGGAGUAGUGAUCAUUUUGAAGUAUGACAGUUGAUGUCUCUCGGCGUAUUCACUGUAGGCCGUGGAUGGCUAUCAAGCCUGGAGGAGCUAGCCUCACAGCCUAUCACUGCCAUUCAAGCUUGAAUAAGCCUGUACAGAUAACGUGAUAUGACGGGUGCGAGAUGGAAAUUGUAAAUAGACUUUAAUAUUUGUGUUUCUGCUUAUUCUUGCAAUUAUAACAGGUUCACUUUAUAUUAAGAUUUGCUUAUCAAGUAUAUUUGUUAUAAAUUACAUUGCUUUAAAAGUUAAAACACAUUCAGCUUUUGUGCAAAGUCAGUAUAUUUACUGCACAAUGUAUAGUUGAAAUCAGGGUGGAUAAAAUCAUUUAUUUAUUUUUUUUUUAUUCAGAUUUUUCUGUUUGUGUUCAAUUGGAUAAUUUUUAAUUAAAAUUUAGAUUUCAUUUUAUAAAAUUUUUCAGAGCAAAAUACCUUAAUUCCUUUGUUAUUCUUCAAAUCUGUGGACACUCCUUAAUUUAAGGUGUUCUCCAAACAUAUUCACGUUACAAUAAUUUCAUCAUCAAUGUAUUUCUAAUAAAAGUAACUUAGACACAUCAAAUGUGACGGCAGAUAUGAACCAUUCGACCCAUCUAGUCUGCCUAAUAUUCGAAAUAAUUUCAUUAGUCCCUGGCCUUAUCUUUAUAGUUGGGAUAGCCUUAUGUCUAUCCCACGCAUGCUUAAACUCCUUUACUGUGUUAACCUCUACCACUUCAGCUGGUAGGCUAUUCCAUGCUUCCAUUACCCUUUCUGUAAAGUAAUACUUCCUGAAAUUAUUUUUAAACCUUUGUCCCUCUAAUUUAAGACUGUGUCCUCUUGUUGUGGUUUUUCUUAUUUUAAAUAUAUCCUACUCCUUUACUAUGUUGAUUCCCUUUACGUAUUUAAAUGUUUCUAUCAUAUCCCCCCUGUCUCGUCUUUCCUCCAAGCUAUACAUGUUAAGAUCCCUUAACCUUUCCUGGUUUUAUCCUGCAAUCCAUGAACCAGUUUAGUAGCCCUUCUCUGAACUCUCUCUAAAGUAUCAGUAUCCUUCUGGAGAUAGUGUCCAGUACUGCUUUGCCAGCAUUAUGGCUAUAAGAGCAUUAUGGUAGAUGGAGUCCACAACAUCUGGAGUGCCGAAGUUGCCUAACCUUGCAAUUAUGCAUUAUUAUACACAGUGCAUAUAAAUAAUAAGCAAACCUAUUGUACAUGUUAGAGGGUGUUUACAGAAUUAUUUCUGUGAUUUACUCAAUAAGGUGAUCAGUACAAAAAAAAGAGUAGGGUCUGCUCAAUUUUAACUAUGUAAUUUCACAGGGAAUUCUGUUGCUUAACGGUUAGUCUCUAAUUGUGUGCAGCUACAAUAAUAAACAUCAGCAUAGUUAAAUGUUAACAUGCAAAAGAGAUUGUCUGGGUCAGCAGAAUGAAGAUACCAGACUAAUCAUUCCUGGAACAAUAAUGUACCUGUCACAAAGUGGUCAAUUGGGGUCAUAGCAUUGCAAACAGUCCUAAUGUUUGCUUUCUAAAUACAUUUAAAGCGACAUUGACAGGUUUCUUUGCUCAUGACAUUUAAAUCUUUAUAAUCCCCUGCUCACACUAGGUAGACCCAGGUAUCAAUCAAUACCUCCGCUCCCCUCUGGCAGCUGGGGACACAUUUAGCGACCCUCAGCUUGAUCCAGCAGCCUGUCUUGGCAGGUGCUCAAGGAAGCAUUUAUGGGGGCAUGCUAAGAGAAACACUUAAAUUUCAGUGGAACAAACAAAUUCUAGAUUUUUUUUUUUUUUUUGUGUCCAGGACUUAAAGGAUUCAGAUCCUGGUGGUUUCCCUUUGAGAACCCACCAGUAUUUGGUUCUGGACUGCUCUUAUGGGUGGUAUCAGGCUAAUAUGCUAAUAGUAUAGGUUCUCUUGUAAUGGCAGAAGAGAGCAAAACGUUUUUGAGACCUGAGCAGGGAUUUACUAAAGGGCAAGCUACUGAGUUUCUCUAAGAUUCUGCCCAUCGUCAACGUUCUGAUAUUCUCUGUUUUUGUUGCUCUCUCUUGAGGGCCUGGCAGCCAAGAAUCACCGCGUCGGAGUGCAGUCGCUCAGCAGUGGUGUUCUCAAUGCAUUUAAAUGGCUCUUUACCGUGCUCACUUUGCUACAUGCAGCCCAUCAGUAAGCCUACUAAAAGUAGUCACAGGGGAUUUAAAUGCCCAUUUAAAGAGCUGCAUGUAAGGCUCACUCUGACCACUCCAUACAGCUCAUAUAUCCAUCUGGGCCACUAAAUGUGUCCCCAGCUGACAGGGGAGCCCCAUGUAUCGAUUGAUUCCUGAGACUCCCUUGUGUGAGCAGGGAUGUAACUAGGCUCACACCAAAAUUUAGGACGUUUCAAUACUUCCGAACGGCGUCAAAGCCAAGUAUAGUUAGGACAUGCUCUAACAUCAUGAAGUGGUUAACUUUCCAUUCCAUUCGUAUACAUGAGGCUUCCAUUAGCCCUUCUAAACUAGGCAAUGUAGUGCCAGCUUUAUCAAAUUGUAGAGAGCUUCCGGCUCUCAUUGAGGAAAUGACUGGCACCUAGUAGACCACAGGUAAGUUGUCACACUAUUUGCAAACUGUUUAACUAUUUACCCUGGGAGGGUGCCAAUGCACUCCUGGCACUAUGACCACUACAGCAUGCUCUAGUGUUAUGGUGCUUGGAGUAUUCAUUCAAAGUAGGUGGAAUGUUUGUCAGGGUACAGUUAACUAUGCUUAAUUGUUGAGGGUAACUCUCAGAAACCUUGUCAGUAAAACGCUGUUUAUGGCAUAAGCUCAUCAGUAUGAUAAAAACUAGAGGUUUCUUCCUGGUUUGGUGAGCGCUAACUUCACAUGUUGCAAUGCUUGGCGUUUUAAACUCAACGUGACUUUAAAUAUUUUUUUAUAAAAUUUGUUUUGAUAUUGGUAAUGCACUAGUUUUAUAAUACAUUAAAUAAAGGCGUGGGCCACAUUUAGACUAUAGCUUGCCCAAAUAAUUCAAUAUUUAGGAUCACUCGGAACGUAAGAGUUAUCGUCUAGGGAUCUUUUUCUGUUCUUACUGUAGUCUCCAUAAUUACAUUCACUGGCGCACUACAUUUAAAUUCUAAUGGACUCGUUGCCUUUCCCAGAUAAUUUAUAGUACAACACAAUCUGCUAAAUUGAACACAUGGCAAUAAUUACAGAGCUGAGGAUUUCAAUUCUAGAUGAGAAAUAUUUGCAGAGUAUAGCUCGGAAUGGUGGGGGGGGGAGGCAGAGGGGCAGGAGAAGUUGUUUUACAUUUUGUUUCUACUGAGGAACGAUUACAAAGUGUAAGGCCUAGAGUCCAUUAUUGUAUUUCUCAAUAAUAUAAGUCAAUGCCCAAUUGAAUUUUGCUUUAAUAAUUCCCCCAUCCAAUUGUGCUCUUACUGUGAUGCUACAACCCACUUUCUGAUCAGCCUUCACAUUUCUUGUCUAUAAUUGUAAACUUGCACUUUUUUUUCUGGCUGACCUCCUCCUACAUCUCUUCAAAUAUGUCCUAGGAGAGUGUAUGUCACUGUGUGAGCAUGCAUGCAUGUUUCAUAUGAAUGUCUGUUCCAUACCUGCAGUGUGUGAGAGUUUCCGUGUAUCUGUAACAGAACUAGAGGUCUCGAACCAAUGAGCAAAGGGGCCACAAAUCUUUUUCAACUCCCAUCCUCUCUCUAGGAUGGCUCAUAUUGUUUGUCUUUAUGAAGACUGACCGCCUGCCACAAAGGUUAUGUUGAAAAACAUGGGUAUCAAACUCCUUUCUAAUGAAAUGCCUAAUUAUAUUUUUAAGGGGAAAUCUAAACACCAUAAUCUCUACAGCUAAUUGUAGUAUUAUAUGAGCUAUACACCUAUGGGUACUGUCAGAUUUUGUAUUUUAUUUCUUGUUUGUUUGGUUUUUUUUUUUUUGCAGUUCAACAAUGGGAACCAGUUAGCUCUAGAACAGUUAAUGAUUUUUGAUUUAUGUGCCUAAUUUCUCAACCCCAGUUGUUGUAUAUUGGCAGGUGCUUUGUACGCCAGGGAUGAUGCAUGUCAUAUCGGAGAAGAGCAGCUCCAAAGAUUACUGCAUUUUGUUUAACCCCUUGUGGGCAAGUCUACCUCAGGACCUGGCUAAAGCGGUACGUACCUUUUUUAAUCUUCUAUGCCAAACCAUUAACUGCCAGGGCUUUACACUUCUUUAUGAUGGCUAUUUUAAUAACAGCAGCACUCGUGUGGUGCGUUUUUAUAUGUGACCUCCAUACACAUGCCUUUUACACAGGACAGUGAUGGAAAAACCUGAAUUAUCGUACAGUUGUAUGAUUUAUCUCUCCAGAAUGGAACUGCCAGCAGUAGAACGUGAUACACCGUAUUGUUUCCAGCAGUAGUGCGUGAUACACCAUAUUGUUUCCAGCAGUAGAAAGACCUCUGCCACAGGGCGCCAUCAGAUGUGUUGAGUCUUACACUCUUACAAUGGUUAAAACCAUCUUGUCACAGAUGCUUCUCUGUUUAUGAGAAGCCACUGUUGCUUUGGAUAUAGAAUUCUCCAUUUCUGAGUACAAGGAACUGUUCCUCUGCAUUUCUGCUGACGCUUUUUUGAUUAUAUGGUCCUAUGUGUGGUAAUGUCAAGCCAUGUUAUUGCAAUUGGCCACCCAGAUUGAGGGUGCCAUGACGGCUAUAUUAGAGUCUUGGGUGUUCUAGUAAAUUUGAAUUCAGUCUAGAAUUAAUUGACAACAUUGUAACAGAGGUGUGGCAGUGGUUCCUAUUUUAGACACCUACACUUGCAUCCAUUCUGUCUUCAUGUUCUUAAAACUUGGGUAUGGAAUAGAGACACUGUAUUAAAGGAACACUUUAGCUUUUUGAAUACAAAUAUUUAAUUUAUAGAGCAAGCAUGUCAAACUUGCACUCCACAAUGAAUAUAUUUGCGGCCCGCCUGCCCUGUGGCUGCUUUGUGCUCUGGCUGCAACCAACCGCAAGACAAGAAGAGGGGACUUUCCUGUGUAGUGUAUUAAAUUAGGGAGGGGCAUUGUAUUAAUUUGAGGGAGGGAGCAGUAUAUUAAUUUGGCAAGGGUGGGGAGCAGUGUAUAAAACUAGGGGAGGGAGUGGGCACUGUAUUAAUUUGAGGGAUGGAGGGGGCCAGUGUAUUAAUUUGAGGGAGGCAGGGGGGUGCAGUGUAUUAAUUUGGGGAGCGAGGGGGCAGGGUUUUUUUUGUUUUUUGGGGGGGGGAUAGGGAGGGGAGCAGUAUUAGAGUGGUGAUAGGGGGACAGUGUAUUGGAUUGGAUUUGUGGGCAGUAUGUUAGAAUGGGGGGAGGGGCAGUGUAAUAGAUUUUGUCUGCAUGGAGGCGCUGAACGCUCCCCAUGGAGCUGAUGAUUGGCAGCGCAGCGUUUUGCCACAUGUGCACAAUAGCCUCCGAAUGCUUCCCUAUGGGAAAGCAUUGGAUUGGCUGACGUCAUCAAGUUUGAUGAUCUCAGCCAAAGUGAAGAACACCCUCAUAGGACUUCAAAAUCAACAAGAUAACGUAAUUUUUUUAAUUUUUUUUACAGCGUUGCAACAGCAUACAUUCACCAUUUCAGUCCCAUUACCAAACGUUUCUUAAUAUUUCAAAGUAGUUGGACUGAAACAUUGGCUAUAUGCAAUUGCACGUCUCCUUAAAAUAAAUUUGCACUUUUGUUUACUUUGAAGCUCUACGAGCAUCAGGAUGUCCAGUGUCAGUUAGGCGACAUUUUUUAUACUGUACUUUUCAAAGUAAACCUACGUUUCUAUGAAAACUGAAGUUUUAUUUUUUAUUUUUUUGGCCUGUAUUAGCCUUUGAGUUUGACAUGCUUACGCUAGAGUAUUUAAUUAUUAUUGGGCCCCUUGUAUACAUUUUUUUUUUUGUAGUUUUUUUAAAUGUGCAGCACCAAUGAACUUUGACUCACAUAGAUGCCUUAACUUCAUGCAUCUCAAUGAGGAGCAUUCAGUAUCCCUAACAUUGGUCCUGCAAUUUUUGUAGGAACACAUUCAGGAAAUCCCUCUAGUGGCUGUCAGAGUGACAUCUAUUAGAGGCGGCCUUAGGCAGCAAUGUAAACACUAGCUUUUCUCCUAUAAGGUAACUUUUACACUGCUCAGCCAGCAGGGACAAGCUCUUGUCCCCACCCUCUAUAUUAAGUUGAAGUGGGUCUAGUGGUUCAGUUCUGCUGUUUCUGUAUGGUGACUGCACACAAUGCCUCACCAUUUCUUGUUCAAGAUUCUACGUCCUUAGCUCUGAUAUCCUGUGAGCUGUGAUAUCCUGACUGGAGUAAUUAAAAGGAGCAUGCAUCUAUGGUUUGUAUUCUGCUUUUCCAGUAGGGGUGAUCCUAAAUCCCCCAAUAAAGAAUUUUCCUGGGCUGAUCGCAUACAGAGAGAAACUAAUUUAUGGGGUAAUCCUACAAUUUGCUUCUAAUAGGAUUUUUAACAUUACACCCGAUCUUCGUAUCCCAGGCUUUGUUGCAGCUUGAAGACCAGACAACGUCUGUACUAUGCUCUCCAACAGAUGUCCCAGACGGAGGCUUUAAUAACCGAAUCCUCAUGGUAAUGCGAGGGAAUUGCACUUUCUAUGAGAAGGUUCGGCUGGCACAGAUCAAUGGGGCACGAGGGUUGCUUAUUGUGAGUCGGGAGAGGCUGGUAUGUAUCCAGAUUUAAAGCCGUACAACAUUUUAUUUUAUUUUAUUUUUUGUUAUUUUAAGUAUUAAGUAUUGUUAAUUAAUAAAAAAAUAUGUUGUGAGGUAACGCUGUAAAUUAAACAAGGUUUUACUUGGUAACUUUUGAACAAUGCAUAUAACAGCAACAUUUUAUCAGAAAUACAUUGUCUUGUACCCUGUGCCUACGUUUCCUUGCCUUUCAGUUGUAAUUGGUUUUUGUUGUUGCUGCUCGAUAUUUCAUGUCAUGGCUUCUUUUCACAUGACUAAUUGCUCCCAAAGGACCAACAAAAUAUCCCUGAUGUGAAGCAGAGGAAAUCUUUCCCACAUGUCGUACCAUGUGGCCUAUUUAUUUAUUGAUGGGGUUGGGAUUAUUUUUUUUAAAUUUGUUUGUGUGUGUAUCUUGCUCUGUCAAGUAUUUUCCGAUUUUUAAAGCCUAACAUGCUGUGUUUAAUUGAAGGUCCCUCCUGGAGGUAAUCGAAGCCAGUAUGAAGAAAUUGAUAUUCCAGUGGCCCUCCUUAGUCACAGUGACAUGAUCGACAUUGGUAAGGUAAGAAAUAAAGUUUUGGUUACAUGGAAGCAGAUCACAUUUAACCCCUUAAGGACCAAACGUCUGGAAUAAAAGGGAAUCAUGACAUGGUUAAAGCACUGGUAUGGUUUCGAGCCAUUGCAAAUAUAUAUACUCAACACUCUUGAGAUGGAAUGCUGUGCAGUAAGAACUGAAAUUACUGUAACAGGCAAACUGCCAGCUCUGUCGUCAAACUCUUGAUUAGAUUUUCUGUUUAGCUUGACACAGAAUAGAUUCCUUUUGCCAUUUUGGUAGCCAGCAGCCAGUGAUUCCGCAGAGAUACAGAUCUUCUUACAGCAAUAAACACUUCUAAAAUGUAACUUUAACGAGACAUGGUUUAAAGGCAGUACAGAACAUGCCAAGUAAAUUGAUGGAAUCUGCUGCAUAUCUUUUUAUUUACUACAGCAUAUAAAGAAAUUAGAAUCUCAUAUAAACAAAUUGAUUAUUAUAUAAAUGUGUUUGAGGAUGAUGAGCUGGGAAUGGUAGUUUUGUUUUGUGGAUAAGUCGAACUAGUCAGGGGCCGCAGACACAUACGUUUGCAGUAGUCAAAACAGGAGAUGUUGAGGAAACGUGUGGAAUAAGUUGAUGCUAUAUAAAUGGCAAUAAUAAUUGAUCGUAAAGUAGAAUUCUGGUGAAGGAGUGUAAGAAAGCUUAAAGGAGCACAUCACGCUCCGUUACCACCUGCUGCAGAGCUUAUGGAGCCUGUAGUACCCUACCAUCCUCACAGACCAUUUUAAGAAUAGAUUGUCAGCUUACCUUGGGUCGAUGGGCGCCUGUUGCCCCAGCCAAUGAGCGCAGCCCUGUACGACCAGGCUUGGUUUAGUGCCCGUGGCCAGGUAAUGGCAGAUGCUUGGUGGGUCCCAGGUAAUUGCCAAACUGUUCUUAAACAGAUUGAAUUCUUACUCUGGGGGGAAUCCCAGGGCUGCCCUGGCACCAUAACCACUACUUUUGGGUAUAAUGGUUAUGGUGUUUGGAGUAUUCCUUUUAAGUAAACCAGCAUGUGAUCACUUUAAUAGUAUAAUUGUAUUUGCACAAAUAUAGUAGUGGUGUAUAGAUACACUGGAGCUCUAUGGUAGAGGUCCGCAAGCCACCAUUAAAUCCACAGGCAUCACAACGUAAGGUGAAGAAAUAGGCAAUUUAUUAUGGUCCAAAGACAAAAUAAAGAUACAAUGUUUCGGCCAUGAGGCUUUAAUCUUGUAGGUAUUUACACAUGGUUUUACCUACAUAUUUACUAGAACUUUAGGCUAUAUAUUUUUUGUUAAAUAAUUCAGCAUUUUUACCUGUAAGUCCAGUAAACAAUAUGCAGAUCAUGAAUAAAACUGUGUGCGCACAACCUCAGCUAUUCAGUAAACAUGUGGGGAAACCAGUCUUGCCCCAUAUAAAUCCAUAGAUUGGGAAAUUGAAAACACUUUUUUUUUUUUAUAAAUGUAUUUUUUUCUUCCCUAAAGUUUUGCAGUUUUCCACAAAAUUUCUAGUUUAAUGAAUACCUGACUGUGUGUCAGAAUUCUGUUGUAUUUUUUUUAAUUUAAUUUUUUAAAGGUUGGCAUAGAUUUAAAAAAAAUAAAAUUAAAAUAACUACUGCGUAAGUAGAAAUGGAUUCCUGUGCAUCCUUUGGCUGAAAGACACAAUUCUAGAGUUCUGCUAGGUAAAUAUUCUAUUUUAUACAUUUGGUGGCAUCAAGAAUAGGAUCUGAAUAAUCCCUAGAUACCGUGCACAGAUGUGAGAAUUUAAACCUGGAUCAGACAAGUAAAAACGACAAGUAAAAACGAUGAGCAUAAACACAGAAAUAAAGUUUCCAUUGCUAAAUUAUUCACUAAAUUCCAAAUUCUAGUGAAUUGGUACCUAAAAUUCCUGAUUUGGAGAAAUCCAAAAUCGUGUUUUAGCCUCCAUGUUACUAUUUUGACUUCAAUGUUUAGUGACUAAACCCCUUUGUUGAGAGAGUUAGUAGAUUAAGUGAAUGAAGUGGAAAAUAUAUGAUGUUCAGCUAAAUUUUAUAAGAGUUCCAUUAGUUUUAAUCUUUUAAUUUGUUGGGUUCAUACAAGUUUUAAAUGUCAGAUGUAUAACACAUGUGCUUGCCAAUUUACUAGAUUAAUAUAAAUGACAAUUCGAAAAAUAAAACUGGAUUGUACAUAUUAUACAUGACAAUCCUCAUCAGAUAUAUAUAAAUAAUAUAUAUAAUAUCAAUACAUACUAUUUUAGAAGACAAUUAAAGGUUAACCAAAAACUCCGUUUUUUUUUUUUUUUUUGUUUUUUGUUUUUAAAUAACAUAAUGGCUGUAGUUAGAGUAACCAUUUAUGAGGUGGUCUGCACCCCACCCUCCCACCAACUAAAAAAGGUGCACUGUCUUGAGAGGCUAUUUUAGUAUAGCAUGGGUCAUUUAAGGUUUUAUCAUUUAUACUAGCAAAUUUGACUCUAUAUUGUUCUCGGUUUCAAUGGAGAAUUUGUUAUUUGCUGGAAAUAAAAUCACUGUGGAUAUUUAAAAUAGCUGCAACUUAUAUUUUUUUAUCUUACAGUUUUCACCACUGUAAUUUAAAAAAAAAAAUUUAUUUGCUGUUAUUUUUGGGGUUAAAGAGAAAAAUGUGAAAGUAUCAUGAAAUCUAGAAUUCCUUUUAAUCUAUAAAAUAUUGUACAAUUUAAGUUUGAAAUAAAUAGAUUGAAAUCUACAUGAAUGUGCAUUUGUCCUAUUUAACUCAGACGUUUGGACGGGCAGUGAAAGUUGCGAUGUAUGCGCCAAAAGAACCUGUCGUGGACUACAACAUGGUCAUUAUUUUCGUGAUGGCUGUCGGAACAGUCGCCAUUGGUGGCUACUGGGCUGGAAGUCGUGAUGUGAAGAAGUAAGCAUAAUCUCCUGCACCGGUACCUGUACAGACUUUAAAUUGGGGAAAUAUUUUAACCCAACAACUUUCCUAAGGCUCCUUUCCCACACAUCUUACAUUUGUUACACAAUUAAAGGGGAGCUGUCACUUCCCAUGACUUCUAUAAUUCUUUUUAAAGGUGUUUAAAAAUUGCUCACCUCACUAUCACGUAACUUGGAGCAUCCAUCUUGCCUUUGUUCAGUCAUUGUAAUAAGCUCCGUCCUAUGUGCCUGGCAGUCAGAAUAGAGAAAUCGUACAUGAAAGAGGAGAAAUUAGAAAUGUUUGCAUUGUUUUUUUUUUUGUUUUUUUUUAUACUGAUUUAUGAUGUAAUUUUCUAAAUCUUAAUAAAUGUAAAGAAAAACAAAGGUAUUAUCAAUGGUUGCCCAUGAUUUGAGCUGGGUAUGGACUUAUAGUCACAUUGAUGAGAGCAAAGUGUUGCACAGAUAGACAAAAAAUAGAAAGGUGAUGAUAACAGAGGGUGCGUCUUGCACUGUAACCUGUAAAAGGAUCAUGUAUUGUUGUUGUAUUUGAAGUAUACCUGUAGAUGUCCUCAACACAGUUCAUUAGGGUGUACACCCGGAUUAAAAAAAAAAAAAAAAACUACUUAUAAAAUAAAAGUGCAAUGUCUUGUUUUUGCACUGGUGGCCAGGCAUAUACAGAAAGUUGUGAUAUAUAUAUUUUUUUUUCUACAAAACAUAAGCUAUCCUAAACACACACAAAACUGCCCAAAGACAUCCAAACCGGUUACAGAAAGGAUAAAUUGUCCUUACAGCAAACUCCCUGUGAGUAUCCCUUUAAAUUUUAUAUUUUUAUUUUUUUAGAAGUAUUUUAAAAUUUUACCCACAGUACAUUUACUAGAAAAUGUCUUCUGUUAUCAAUCACUUUCGGUCCAUGAACCACAACUGAUUGUAGUACAAAACAGUUCAGUUUGACAUCACGUGCAUGUAGCUCUAGGUUUGGGCCCAGCUCGGAGCAUUGGUAACAUGAUCUCUAAAUUAUGCUUUGCUGUGCUUUGAACAGGGCCCAAUCCUUAACUGUGCAUGAGAGUUUAUGUUCUAGUUGUAAGGACCUUUGUCUUUGUUUCUUAACCUUCAGACAUGGUCCUUUGUUUUUCUACCCUGUUUAAAAUGGCUAAACCACAUUCUCUUCCAGAAGGUAUAUGAAGCACAAACGGGAUGAUGGCGCAGAUAAAAAGCAUGAUGAUGAAACAGUGGAUGUAACUCCCAUCAUGAUCUGUGUCUUUGUGGUUAUGUGCUGCUCCAUGUUGGUUCUCCUCUACUACUUCUAUGACAAUUUAGGUACAGAGACAUUUACCACUAUGUACAUCUACCACUAUGUAGUAUCACUUUUUUUAUAGUGUCCGUUUAUUACUGCCACCCGGUCCUCCUUGAGGACUCAACAAAGGUUGAAGAAAAGCUAAAACGUUGUCACGUGAGAUGGUAUUAGUUGCGGGAUUAUAAUUCAUGUUAAUUUCUACCUCUUUUACAUGAGAAGUCUUGUCCCUGUAGAUUGUACAGUGGAUAUAUGUAACAGAUACUGCAUGUUGAGGAAUAUCUUGCAUAAUUCAUAGGAUGUCCAUUAUAUGUCCUCACAAUAGAUUUUAUAAUGUUCUGUGAUUUAUUGUCCAUAACGCUACAUAAGAGCUUGAAAGGCCAGUUUGAUUAGACUGGAUUACGUCAAUAGACUAUUUGGACAAAAGGUGCAGUUGUCUACGACGAGGCACAUAUUGUAGAGCUGCUUACUUCUCCUGAGGCUGUUAAACCACUAUAUAAUACCACCUAUGUCCAAGCAGAUACUUCCAUUGUGACUUUCUGUAGAAAAGGUUAUCACAAGAUGGCAUGAUCCCAUGUGACAGGGACAACCUUUGUUUUGGUGUGUUUUCAGGUUAUAUUGUUGGAGGUAUGGUCUUAGCAAAAAUCUAUAGAAUAUUUCACAAAUAAGUUAUUCAUUUGUAAUCAGAACAUUUUUAUUUAUUUUAUUUGCACAUUUGCACAACUUUUCAUUUUUAAGUCACAGAUCUCCACAUCCAACAUAUUUGUUCACACCAAAGUUUCCGAAACCUUAGAGAGAGGUUCAGAGAUUGGACAUUCAGGGAGGCUGUCCUUCCUAAUGGGGGGACAGUUUGGUGGUGUGUGACUUUUGUAGAACAAGUAAAACCCUUUUUUAAAACAAAUGUUCUAGCUGUGUGAUUAAUGCACAUACACCUUUAAAUAGCCUAAAAUAAUGGCUGUUACAUUUGAAAGCCUGUCUAUGAUAAAAACUGUGCUUUCUAAAUAUCCUUCAAGUAUUAACGGUUUAUCAGUUGAGAAUGUUUCCCCUUUUAGUGGACAUCUGGGUUAUGCCAUCUGGAGCCAUUACAGGACAUUAUAAAGCUUGGGGGCGCAUACUGUAAUAAGAUUAUCCAACUGAUCUCCAUUCACGUCAUGUGCAUCUUAAUAACCAGAUUGUAACCUUUUUAGAACUUCCAAAUGAUGUUUCGAUAAUCUAGGAAAAAUUGGAGAACUGACCAAUAAAUGUUUUUAAAGAUUUUCCUUGUUUUUAACUAAGAAACAGUGGCACAAUAAUUUUGCUUUAAAUCAUUAUUUAUUGAGAUAAAAGGAUAACUUCUGGGGGAUUGACAUUUGUAGACUGCGGUAGCUCUGCUCAGUGGAAGUGUCAGGCGUAGGAAAUAUACUGAGACAAAGUAGUCCCUUCUUUGUCUCAGUAUAUCUUUUGACAGGGUUCGAAUUUCAGUGAAAUACCAACACCGUCAAUAUGAAUAUUUCAUGAAGAUUCCAUCUCUUAUAAAAUACUAAUUUUGCAGGGGGUUGUGACUGUGUCGCUUUUAGAAAGCAUUUUUGGUAACGGAAUGGAAUUCUUUCCAAAAUAACAUAACUGUUACUAUAGCUAAUUUCUUACAAAAAAAUUCUAUUCACAUUCACAAUUUGGAGUUUCCUUAUCCGCCCUGAAAGGGUAGUGUAUUAUUAGCCAUUCCUCAGAAAUAUUGGUUAAACAAAUGUUUUAAACAAGUCGCCUUAAAAGGGACAGCUUAAAAAGGCCUGAAUUGAUGGUGGGUUUUUUUUGUAUACAGCAUUUUAUAGUUUUCCCUUUUAAAAGAAAUCUGUUAAGAACAAUUCAGGAUAAAUUAAUAUUUUCUCAUUUUCCAUUGCUGCAUUCUCCAGGCAUUGUAAUUUAUUUAAGAAGCACUAUCAAGACCAUUAAAUAGCCAGAACUGACAUUAUAGCAUUAUUUCCUGUACGCCAAGGCUUUAUGGGUAGAGCAUGGAUUUCUGGGAGUUGUAAUCGAGUUAUCAACAUUUUUCUUAUGAAGGUUGCUAGCCGAACUACUGAAUCAAAAAAUACUGCGGGCAUGGAGGGAUAGUGAGAUAGAGUGGUCUUAUGCAGCAAAACUACUAUUGAAAUAGGGGGGUGUGAAAUACCAAAACCCCCUUAAAAUUAAAUUUAAAAAAAGUACUUACCAUAGUGAACUGUAACAUAACAUUGCACAGAAUAAUUCUAUACUGUCAAGUUAUCUUUCUGCUGAAAGUGGUUGAGAAUAUGCAAUGCGGACAGAUACUUACAACAGAUACACUUAUUGUGAUAUGCGUAUUGUCUGCCUGGUUGGGUGCACUUCUGAGGCCUUGUGGUUAAAUUCGGUGAACUAUAGGAGCCAAUGGGGCCUGAGCUGUGUCCUCAUGUACUGCAGUACAGUAUACACUAAUUAGGAAGUAUUUUAGAAUGAGGAGGUGGGACAAAUAGGAGAGGGCUACCAUGAAACAUGCUGCAAAAUUGUAUUUUUCUUGCGGUCUAAUUUAAAUUUGGGGAACAAAUGCAUUUUGGGAUAGAAAUGAACGCUGUUGCUUAGUGUUGCCCUUGUUCUCUUUGCAGUGUAUGUGAUUAUUGGGAUAUUCUGCUUAGCAGCAUCCAUCGGUCUGUACAGCUGCCUGUCUCCGUUUGUCCGCAGACUUCCGUACACUAAAUGCAGGUAAGAUAACAACACGUCACAGAUCUGCAAUAAUCACCGCAACCAAAUUGAAUGUUUUUUUUAUUUUAGUGUGAAACGUAAAGUAAAAUGUGUGUUGUUUACGUUUAUUCCUUGCAAGUUACACUGUAUUUAAGUGUUUGAUUUCUUUGUAGAGUUCCUGAUAACAGCUUGCCAUACUUCCACAAGCGACCCGCCAUUUGGAAACUUGUGUUGGCGUCCUUUUGUAUUGCUGUCAGUGUGAUAUGGGGCGUGUACCGGAAUGAAGACCAGUAAGUAUCACCGUGGACACAAUCAGGAGGAGACAAUCGCUGUAUACAAUGUAUUUAGUCCUGCACCAUUCCUAACAAUAUCCUCCAUACCUUCCAGAUGGGCCUGGGUGCUUCAAGACAUUCUUGGCAUAGCAUUCUGUCUGUACAUGUUGAAAACAAUACGUCUACCAACAUUUAAGGUAUGUUAAGAAUAACUGAUCGGAAUUGAAAUCAGUUCAUCGGCCCCCUUCACCUCCUGUUUUUGUUUUUACAUUUCUUGUAUCUAUGUAGAUCAUACUUUUUAUAAUCCAUACCCCGUACUAUAAUUGGUAUGCAGUUUGAGGCCAUGUUAACACUUUUCAUAGAAGCUAGUGUAUUUUGAUGGAUGCCAUAGCUCAUCCAAGAAACCAAAAUAAGGAGAAAGGACGUCAAAAUAAAUAAAUAUAAAAAAACACUGGAAUCGCAUCAUGUUGUAUAGGGUCUUUGCAUGCUCUAUGAGGCUUUUAAUGUGCUGUUUUAUUCUCUAUAAGGUAUUGUCCAGACAUAUCUGGGUAAAAAGCAAUAUGGAGCUGCAACACCAAAGUAAACGACAUAGAGCUUUAUUCCACAUGUGUGGAACCAGCAACAUUUGAUGAAGGUCCUGUGGCUGGGUCGACACGUUGCCAAUUCCAUUCAGGUGGAAUAAAUCUCUUUGUCAUUUACUUUGGUUUUGCUGCUCCUUAUUGCUUUUUAUACUGUUUUUGUAAGGUAACUUGAAGGAGUUCUUGGAGACUUGCACCCAAAUCUUGAGUGGAGUGCUGGCACAGUGCACAGUGUUUUGAAAGCACAUUUUUUUGCUUUGGAGACAGACUUUCAUUUUACUUCGCUUUCAUGGAAUAGGAAUACAUCUAGUGCCACGUGGAUUCCAUACUGAAUCCAGCCUCCGUAGGAGUUGCGUUGGGAGUAACGUCAAUCAUACACACUGACCCAGCUUCCCAUCCGGCUCAGGGAUUUGGUGACCAGUGAUGUUAGGGGACUCUGACGUUUAAAUGCACUGUGUGCAUUUCCGUGAGAGAAGCUAUAUAGGAUGCAUGUGCAGGUUUGGAAAUCUUUAUUUACUUGAUACCAGAAAAUAAAAAUCACUAUAGUUCUCAUCUAAAAAGUGUCUGUACAGUAAGGGAAACACUGAAAAUUCCACCCUCUAGAGUUACUUUGUUUGGAAUGCACUUGGUAAGAUGGACCAAGUCACGGUCAGUAAGAGACUAUUCCACAGCAAAUUCACCCUUAUAUUAUAAUCAAAUGCCAACUCUUUACAUUUGUGUGAGAUGAGAUUGGAGUGAGGCUCUUACAGAGUUCUAAGUAGUUGUACUGUGGUCUUCAACUAGUGCCAUGUUUAUACUCCUAAAUUAUGUCCAUAGUACACUUUUUAUUUUUAUUUUUUAUUUUUAUUUUUUUUUGAAUUCUUUCUUUUAUUGAGGUAUAGACUUUACGGGUACAGAAUAAAGAAAGGGAGACAAUAAAAGUCAUACAGGAUGGGGUAUCACAGUUUACCAUACAACAUCUCCGAAACUUGUCAGCCUCUUUUUUAUUUUUAAGUAAUGUGUAGUAAAGGCAUUAUGUAGCGUUAGGUGCCUGCCUGCUUGUGUCAAGGCAUAGCUUGUAGUUGGUAUCAAGGCACCUUUGAAUGUGCUAGUGUUGAGCGUGGGGCCUUAGUUAGGUGAGCUAGGGAAGGUAUGUGUGUCUCAGCUGGGUGUGGUCAUCUAAGUCGCUAGCUGAGAGUGCAGCAUGUAGUGUGCUGUAUAUUUCAAGCUGUGUAACGCACUCUGGUUGUUAGGAGGGGGGGGUAAAAAUGGCUCAAUACAUAUGAUUGUUAUGAAGGCUUACGGAGCCAGUAUUGUGCGGGUUUGGGAAGAGCAUGAUAUUAAGUAGCAGCAUUGUUGGAAGGAAAAGGGAGAAUAAAAACAGAAAUAAAAAAAACAAUAACCAACAGCAUCAGUAUUGGGUAUACCCAAGAACAAACGUGGAACGAAUCAGGUAUGUCCCUUGUCAGGCGCAACAGGUUAAGGGCGUGUGGGCCCUGCUCUGCUGCUGCUUCAGGUUGGUAGGGCAGAGGUUUUCUGAGCCUCUCUUCUAGGCACGAAGGGGGUAAUCUCCGCUACGGACCAUGUUGGAUGGGUCAACUGCUGUGUCGUUAGCGCUGGAAGGCCGAGUGCCUGCAGGAAGGCUGGUAUGUCAGAUGCGUGAGACAGCUUAUGUGUUUCGCCCGCCUUUUCUGCCUGUAGUCGGCGUGGGCCCCAUUUGUAGGGGAUGGCUUGUUCCCGGAGUAGCUGGGUGACUGGGCGAAAGGACUUCCUCCACAUCAUGGUGUGUCUGGAGAAGUCUUUGUAGAACGUUAGUUGUGCCCCUUCAAACGCCACCGUGGGGGAGCCUCUUGAAGCCCCCAUAAUCGUGCCCCUGUCAGAGUCCCGCAUAAAUUUAAUCAGUACGUCACCAGCUCCUUCGCGUGGUGUGGCGGCCGCCCUGGUGAGUCUGAAACAAGAGUCUAUUGUGAUCAACUUAGCUUGUCUUGGCGUAAGUAAAGUAGCUAUCAGCCGUCGGCAAUAGUGCGGCAAUUCCGAGCCGGUGAGUGUCUCCGGCACUCCACGAACCCGCAGGUUUCUUGCCUUGUAUCGGUCUUCCAUGCCAGCCAGUUGGGUUUGUUGGUCUGCGUAUUGCUUGCGGAGUAAGUUCAGCGCUGCGUCCGUGGCACUUUGCGCCAGUUUAGUGUCCCUCAGGCCCUCUUCCACAUUUGCCACUUUAUUGGUGAGUGUAGCUACGUCUGCCCUUACUAGCGCCAUGUCUGCUUGGAACAUAGCCUGAAUGUCCUUCACCAAAGCUUUAAUAUCCGCCUUGGUGGCUGGAGCAGCGUCCCCCAUGUCUACGGGUCUCAGUGGCAGUUGUUGCGUGCGGGUCGGCAGUGCAGUCUCUGCAUAGUAGCUAUCUUCGUCCGAGGAUUGUGAGGCAUAGAUCUCGGGCGCCAUCUUGGCUUCAGCAGGCCGCGAUGCGGCUCGGAGAAAAGCCCCUAUAUCUCCUGAUCCCAUGCCCGGAUCCGCCCUCUGCUUCUUGUUCUUCUUCCCCAUAUUGUCGGUAAGCUGUGAACCGGUUUAGGUGCCCGGUGUGUGCGGGGAUUAUGGCUCCGAGCGAGUUAAUUGAGCGUGUCGCACGGAGCUGUCUGAGGAUGCGGCCGGUUAGCUCGGGUGCUGGCUCCGCCCUUAUUUUUAUUUUUUAUUCACCUCUCAAUCAGUUAGUAGAUACACAACUGGGGUAGCUAUUAAGCUAGCACGGACUGUCAUAAUCACAUUCAAGGAGCCCUAUUUGUGACAUGUCCUCUCUUCCAAAACCACCAUCUGCAUAUAACUCUUUUAGAAAGCAUGGUGUUUGACUUUUUGAAUAGCUGUAAUGUUUACUGAUUUAUUACUGCUUUGGAUUAAAGACCCAGAAUACUGUCAAGCAUCAGUGAAAUAAAUAAAUACAUUGGGUGGGUCUAUUACAUAUCCACAAUUAUCACUGUAAGUCAUUAACAUAAGUUCCCAGUUAAUAACAAGUACAUUGCAUCUCAAGCAGUAAAUAUGUAGACAUAAUUGUAUUUUGCAUCCUUACAUAUUUCUUUGAUAUUCUCCCACUGAUCUGUUCUCUUGUACAGUAUCUGAUUUUGGUUUUUUUUGUUGUCUCCUCAAACCAUGUCCUCUACAGGGAUGCACGUUACUCCUGGUUGUCCUCUUUGUAUAUGAUGUGUUCUUUGUCUUCAUUACUCCAUUUCUCACAAAGGUAUGUUGGCAAAUAUUUAUAGAAACACAAUCUUCUAAAAUAAAAUAAAUUUAAGUAAUCUGUAUAGUCAGUGAGUUCUCAAUAUCCUGGAUCAGGGUUUGUGUAGAUGGGGUGAAACAAACCUCUAUUUUAUUCCUCUGGAAUUUAACAUAAGUAAAUAAUCUUAUAAGAUAUGCAUUAUUCAAAAUGUAUAGACACCCCUAUACCCCAUGGCAGAAGACUUGCUAAGGCUAUUGUGGCUUAAAAGUAUCUGCACAAUCCUUGUAACGCAGUACCGGGUAGAUUCUAGGAUGAUCUAGAACUUCAACUACCAUAAUGCUUUACUAGCAUUUAGAAUGGGACGGCAUCAUGAUAUUUGCAGUUCUAAAACACCUGGGCAUCUACUGAUUGCACAGCCCUAUCUAUAUAUAAUAAACCUGCUCAUCUUACAGACUGGAGAAAGCAUUAUGGUUGAAGUUGCUGCUGGACCUACUGACUCCUCCACUCAGGAAAAGGUAUGAUGUUGUCACCUGAUUAAUUUUUUUGUGUCUCCAAUAUAUGCAAGGCUUCAAAGCAAGAUAGAAUGGUGUAACAGGCACAUAAGGUGAUUAACUGGUUAGAGAAACAAACUUUGUAUUAUGCUGUCCCAGACUUUAAAAUGUAAUGUUCAGAUAUGGACUUCUAACUGUCUAUUCGUAACAUCCACUAUAUUUAUAAAGGCCAUAUGCACAUUCUACAAUGUCACCUGGAAGGCUGGAAGGGGGGGGAGUGGGGGCUUAAGAUCGUCUUGUAAACAUGUGAAGACAUAAAAACUGUUUGCUGAGCACUGCCUCAUCAUUUUAAAGUGAUAUCCAUUGAUAUCCCAUUCCAAUUAACUUUCUCAAAGAGGUCGAGUUGGGGAUGAGAAUAGAUAGUUGUUAGUUUGUUUUAAAUGGUUUUUAUUGUCAUCGUCUCUUGAGCACAAGCAUUGAGCAUAGCAUUGUAAAGAGCACAUGGCGCCUACGCAGAGGCUUGAGUGGUGAAGCAGUCGGGUAUUACAUGAACAGGUAUAAUAAAAUAACAUGCGUGCAUUUUGCAAACAUAAACAUUUAUUGUCGCGUGCUGGUAGAGCAUGGGUCAGCAUUUCUAAUCUGGUGUAUCUGCAUUGUCCCGCACCCCGUGCCAAGGUCUGUUUUCGGGUCGGGCCAAGGGUUGUAGUGUGUGUAGGGUUUGUGGUGCGGGUCUGUCCGCGCUUGGUCUGUGCGUGGCGAACAAGGCUGCUGAGCAGCGGCGGUAGGUUUUAUGUGUGUGUCUGUGGGUUGCAGUUUGGACAGGUGUAUCUACGUCAACCUCGUGAUGUCGACCGGCCAGUGAUCCGCCCAGGGUGUUGGUCACCUAUAUGCGUCUUGCAGCAGUUGAUAUUGCCCUCGAGUGGGGUAUUGUUACGCAUCAGUGCACGUAGUAGUGUAGCAUUGACGAGAGCUGGCCUACUUAGGAGAUGGUGGGCGUAUCUCGUAUACCUACACAGGCUAUAGUGGCUGAGUCUAGACCCAGGCCCUUGUUGGGUGCGUGUGGUUGGAAAUGUGUGGUGGAUUCGUGGUGGUUGUCUGCAGAGUAGACUAUUGGUCAAGUAAUGGGUCCCGAGGAAAAGUGUAUAGAGAAAGAAGAAGAAAAAAAGUGGGGGGAGGGAGGGAGAAUUUUGGUAUGAGCGUCAACCCCAGGUGCAAUCCGCUAGGUGUCUUUCGUUUGUACGGCCUGGCGUUUAUGGUGUAUUCAUGUAUUGCACAAACUCGUCUGUGGAUAGUUGUCAGUUUGUAACCAUGAUAAAACACUGAAAUUGGCAUGUAGAGAACAGUAGUUAUUUAAAAGUAGUUCAUUCCUGAAUUAAUUUGAGCAUAUCUUUGGCCAACUUCUGGUAUCUACACAAGGGAAUCUUUAUUUAUUCAUUUAUUUUACUCACUUUUGUGAAUUUCUUCGAGACACAACUGUUUGGAAUUUUCUGGUUAAAUAUUAUAUACACGGGUAAGAGAAAAUUGAUAUGCAAGACACUUUGAAAAAUGUUUUUUUUUCCAGUAAGACUUUUUUUUUUGUCUUGUAAUUUAAAAAGUAAUCAACUUAUAUUGGUGGGUUAUGGUGCAGCAAUGUAAUUCAUAGCUAAUAAAAGACUAAUUCUCAUACCAACUCAUUCAACACUAACUGGUUUCUAUUUCAUUAACUGCAGCUUCCAAUGGUCCUGAAAGUACCUCGAUUAAACUCCUCUCCCCUAGCGCUCUGUGACAGACCCUUCUCUCUCUUGGGAUUUGGUGACAUUCUUGUACCAGGUAGGAAGAUAGUACAUUAUCAAUUACAAUUCUUUAUGCUGCCAAAAUUGCUGCCCUGAAGACUGUCUGCAAACAUAGCUAAAUCAUCAUCUACUCAGAGGUGUUUUAGUAAUUUUGUAACAUGUAAGUCUUUAAUUUUUUUUUGUGCUUGUUGUUCCUUAAUGUAUUUUGCCAACUUUAAUAUGUUGUCACAUUGUAAAGACUUAAAUGUUACAAAAUUACUAAAAUCGCCUAUCCUAACAAACAAUAUGGGUUUACACCAUAUGGCUAUAUCGUGUUAAGCCCACCGCUGUGUCACAGUACCCCAAUAUCAGUGGUUCCCACGUUAAUUUUAACAUCAGAGAUAAGCAUGUUAACUGCAAACUAGUUUUCAUGGCACUAUAGCUUCCCUCUUUGUCAAGGGAUUAAAAACCCCUUCUGUCACUUACCUGGGUCCAGCGCCGAUGUCCCUCGGCGCUGACUCAGCUCUUCCCACGCUCGUCCCCUGCCGACAUCCGUUGGACGUUGUGGGGGUUGUUUGUUCCAACUUAUUUAGUGUAAACACAACUACAGGGGACUUACGAGGAGUGUUUUUGUUGGCACCAGUGUUGUGCUAAAGUUAGCUGCCCAUGGAGAUUCUGAGGAUGACAACAUCACUUAGGGCACAGAUGGGGGUCUACUUAUCAGACUGCAAAAUGAGGUUGAUGAUGCUGUAGUUAUGCUUUGUAAGCCCUUUCCUGCUAACUCAGCCCAGAUUUGCUGUGUCCAAUACCAGAUUUCCCAAUGUAGCUCAAUGAGAAGUCUUUGCAAGGCAGGUGCUAUUGGUAAUAAUGCCUCUUGAGUUUAGCUACACCAAGGGAAACAACCAGGAAGUAACAGGACCGGUUGUUUGAUUGACAGUUGGGGAGGGGGGGGUUGUAACAAGGUUAAUUUCUAAAAGUGCCAAUUUCUAUUGAAAUCUGUAUUUUUUUGUAAAAUGAAAGACUCAUUUAUUCACAUAAAGUACUUGUUGCUAGAUCUGUCUCUGGCUUAAGUCUAUGUGAUUUAAAAAAACAAAAAACAAAAACUAGAUUUAAUUAUAUUUUUUUAUAUUUGUUGCCGUUUAUUUCAGUGAGGGAAUUUCAACAGCUGUGAAAUUGCAGACAUGCGGAGAUUUGAGUGUGCUGUGAUUUAUUUAUUUUCUUUUUUUAAACCAAUUUUUUUUUAUGGUGUACUGUUUAUCAUUUUUAGGGUUACUUGUUGCCUAUUGUCACAGAUUUGACAUACAGAUGCAAUCCUCAAGAAUCUAUUUUGUAGCCUGUACAAUAGGUAAGUCUCUGUUCAAAACUGUAUCUUUGUUAUCCACAAAUUAUUUUCAAAAGCGAGAACGAAUGGAUGGGGCAUGAAAAUAUUUUACAAAGGUUAAAGAACUGUGACCGUGAAUUAGAUUUCACGAAUUCCUAACUAAGAGUGGCAUUUGCAGCUACCUUAAAGGGACACCCCGAGCACCAAUACAACUUUAAUGCACAUGAUAGAUUUUGGCCUCAUUAAUAUGCUGUAAUAUUUAUUUAUUGCACGCCCAAAUCUAUAUAGUUUAAUUCCGCACCAGAAAAAAGUUUUCUAGAAUGCUGCACCAUAAGCCUGCCUUAGCCACAAACCCUCACUCCAGAAAAAUACUUCCUUAUCAAAUGUAUGCACACAGCUCAGCCUUACAGCACUGUGUAAGCUAAUUUUUAAUUCACAGCCUGGCUGCAGACAGUCAGAGAACCUACAAACAGUAAGUGAUAUCCUUGCUAAAUUUCUUCCUUGGUGUCUCCUAAUGCAGGUUGCUUUGUAGUGCAAAUUAUUCGGUGCUGUGUAUAUGUCUUUGAUAAGGAAGUCUUUUUCAGCAGUGAGAGGGUGUGGCUAAAGAGGCAGGCUGCUGCAAAAACUAUAAAGUGUUUUAUUUUUUAUGCAAAAUCUGUAAAGAUUUGAGCUUGCAAAAAAUAUGACCUAUUAAUGAGGUCAAAACCUAUCAAAUGCAUUAAAGUUGUACUGGUGCCCUCAGUGUCUCUUUAAGGGAAUUAAAAAAAACAGAACAAUAAAAACCAUGGCACUCUGUAAGAGAAAUAAUACCGAGUAAUGUGCACUGUGAAAUGUUUCAGUUCACGAAUUUCUCACAAGUAGAUCAUAUACCCUUUUUAUCUUGUAAUCUGUGUGACACUAUGACUGUGUAUCUCAAUACGGUGAAUAUCUGUAUCUCCGUUACUCCUCUGAAGAUAACUGGACUAGUAUUUAGUACCUUCUUUUGGCAAAAUAAAAGUAUAGGUUUUUAUGAUUAGGAGAUUUAAUAGUCUUUGUUUUUAUUAACAUUUUCCCGUUGUUCCCCACCCGUACACUAACACUUAAUUUUCUUUUUUUCUUUUUAUAUAUAUUUUCUCUCCUCAGCCUAUGGAAUAGGUCUACUUGUUACGUUCUUGGCAUUAGCCCUGAUGCAGAAAGGCCAGCCUGCUCUGCUCUAUUUAGUCCCCUGCACCCUCCUGACGAGUUUGGCCGUAGCCGUCUGGCGCAAGGAGUUGCCCGCAUUCUGGACCGGCAGCGGCUUUGUGGUGAAUACCAGUUUGAUAUGACUGUCUCCGAGAAAUACUAAUGUUUUAAAUCCUAACUCAGAUAAAGUUGAGUAAUCUCUUGCAGCAUUAACACAGAGGACAGUGUUGUAUUGAGUGUGUGGCUUAAUAAAUAACAAUGCUUUCAAUAUUAACAUAUAUCAAGCUUUAUAGUAUGCUCUUUUUCACAAUGAAUAGAGACGAAAGGUUAUAUAAGCUAAUAUUAAAGGAAUCUUUUUUAGAACCCUAUUUCCGGUUUUCUUUUUUUUUCUUUUUCUUUUUUAUGGGGAUAUACAUUUUAGAUGUUACUGGACAAGUCACAAAAUAUAUAUAUCACAACACUUAAAGGGUUACUCCAACUGUUUUUGUAAACUUUUUUUAUUUUGGUAAUGUUUAAAUAUGGGGGUGGGGUUUAAAAUGUACCUGGAACCCAGCGCUGGGUCAAGUUGUCCAAGAAUCUUUCCACACCUUCUCUGAUGUCACUCUGCUUAACUUGUUACCUGUCCACAGUCCAAUCAAAUGCUUGUCAUAGAAGCUUUGUUGGACCUUGGGUGCAUGCUCAAUGAGCACGGAGACCCACCAAACAGCUACUUCUGAUAGAAAAGCAUUGGGUCCAAUUAAUGUUACAUUGCACAUACAAGUGGAGAGAAGAACUGAGUGACCGCUCUUCUCACUGCUACAGCUCUUCCACCCCCCAAUCCAAGAACUGAGAAGGGAGGGGUACUGGAGACUGCUUGGAACAUGACCAUUUCUAAAAGCAGAAGAGGUUAUGGUGGUUGCAGUAACCCUUUACGACAUAGUGGUUCACAAAUUACUGAUAUGUAAACAUUUCCCCUUAAUACAUGUUUCAGCAAUAUGUAUCUUUUAUACUACAUUAUAUUUUCUAGUUAAAGCAAAGGUUAAGGUUCCUGCAACUUUAGGGCAACUCUUAACACUUGCAUGUCCCCGUCUGCCCGGGAUUGGUAGGAGUUACAGCAUAUUCACUGUACACUGUGUGAAAUCACUCACUCUGCAGUAUUUAAAAGCCAUAAUCCUCGAAUAAAAUGUAAAUGCCUUGCCUAAUAUGUUAACAAGUACAGACUACUUUCUCUUUAUUAACUCUCUUUUCUGCAGGCUCAUUUAGCAGCAACAUGUGUUUUUUAAAACUCAGCUUUGUAUGGCAAUGCAUGGGUUAUAAUACGAAAGCAAGCCUUCUGCUAAAGGCAUAUGUAGAAUAUGUAACUGAUGCUUUGUAUGCCCAUCCUUGAGGCUAACACUAGAAUGGACGUCUCUCUGUGGACUCAUGUGAUGUGUUGCACUCCUAACACCUGAAUGUUCCAUGCAGCUUAUUCCCAUCUUUAUUUUUUUCACCCUUAUGUAGGGGUACGCAACCUUCGGCACUCCAGAUGCUGUGUACUAAAUCUCCCCUGAUGCUUUGCCAACAUUAUGCCUUUAAGAGCAUUAUGCGAGAUUUAGUCCACAACAUCUGGAGCGCUCAAGGUUCCCUACCCUGGCUCUAGAGUCUCUUUAUUAUAGUUUUUGCAUUGGGUGUAAGUGUAAAAGAUUUGUUCUUGCUCCAUGUGCCUCACGGACAGUUUAUUUUUUUUGUUUGUUUUUUAGAUGCUGGCUUUGACGCUUGCUUUCUGUUGAGAUUUUCAUAGUUUUACUGCUCGUCCAUAUUCAGUGUUUAUUAUAUAUAUUUUUUUCUUGAGAUAGGUUAAGAUAUAAAAUUGUAAAUGUUUCGAUGAAAGUCAUGAGCCAGGGUAGAGAUCCUAGUAUAAGGUUUCACUCAUGCAUCUAUCUAUCCAUUUUAAUAUUUAUGAAAUGUUUUUAUUUGUUUUCCGUAUAAAUGUGUUAAUCACGCUUUAUUUCCUUAACAGAAAGACCUUCCACAGCCUCCCUUGGUAUUGGCUCCUUGUGAACCUGAUGACGGCUUGGUCCAGCAAAGUGAGGAAGAGGAUCAUGAAAAUGAAGCUGACAGCCACCCCACCACAUUGUUUCCAGCCACGGACAACACUACACCAGACACCACAGAGCAACAACUCCAAGACAAAGACAGGACAGAGCCUUCUGAGCAACAGCCAUGCCCAGUGACUGACAGCGCUAAUCCAGACCCUACAGACCAACCGGACUCAGUCACUGAUCAUAUUAACUCAGAUCCUGCGGUGCCACGGAUCACCUCAGACGAGACCACCUCAGACCAAUCUGACCCACAGAUCUGCCACAGUGCCAACAGGACAGCUUCAAAUGCUGAUGCAAAUAAUGCUGUACUGCCUACAUCACUAAAACAAAGUGAAGAGCAAUGAGCAGGCCUUUGCAGUGCAGCGGCCCCUUAAAACAUCCAGGGAAAAAGCACUCCAUGGGGAAAAAAAUACCAACAAUUUCAUUGCGCAUGUCUGUGUGUAAAAAGAUAGUAACAAUAUCCUGGACUCAUGGUUACUUUUUAUUUUUAUUUUUAAUUUUUUUUAUUUAAAUGUUGGGAUAAUACUACCAUGAAAGAGUGUAGCAGAAUAAAUAGCUAGCUAUCAUAUUAAACUUAAAACCUAUGGUGCUUUAAAAAAAAAAUAUGACGUAUAUGCUAAUUCUAUAUGAGGACUUUGACAAUACAAAGUAGUUCAACACUUUUACUAUUUACAUUUACUUUUCGGCUAGUGUAUGUAUAUAGAUAAAACGGUGGCUGUAGCAUUUUGAUGACUUUUUUUUUUUUUUUUUUCUUAUUAUAAGCUAUUGUAAUUUUAAUUGCUGCAGUAGCCAAGUCAGUAUGUGGGUUCCACUGGAGAUUGUAAAUAAACACGCACAUUUUUUAACUUCCCUAAGUCAUCCCAAAGAAACAGUAAAACUUAGUUAUAAUUUAGCUUUCUGGUACUAUUUCAGGAUCUGAAUUGAUGUGCAUUAAUGUAUAGCAAGUCGGUUAGCAUUUAAAGGAUGAGUGUACUUUUUAAUAAUAUAAUCUUGGAGGUUUCUUCCCCAGAACUUGUGAUAUCCAGCUCUGUAUUGGUACGGAACUGCAUUCUGACUUUAGAGAGGAGAAUGGGUGACUUAAAGGGGAACUCUUACUUGCUAGGGUUUUUAAUAUUCUGUUUACUUAUCCCCUGUAUGGAGAAAAAAAAAAAAAUGUAUUUGCAAGGUAUGAGAAAUAAAAUUGAUACGGCUAUUAAAGUGAGCAUUAUUGGGAAUUUUAAAUGAAUUUCUCAUUUAUAGUGACUCUUUACUCCCCUCCCCCACUUCCCACUAAUCCAAAAUGUGUGUUUCAUAAAGAUAAAAUAUUUCAUAGUAAAGAUAAAAUGGGAAUUGGGGGCACACUGGGAUAAUGCAUCUCUCAGCAAUGGUGCUGUUGUAGAAACAAAGAAUACAGAUUAGGAACAGUGCACACAUAAAAAAACUGUUUUACGUUUUACAAGGCUACUCUGUUCCUUAAUAUGUAUUAACCCCUUAAGGACACAACUUCUGGAAUAAAAGGGAAUCAUGGCGGAAUAUUUCCAUCAUGUGUCCUUAAGGGGUUAAAGAUCAAAUCUUUAUGAAAUACAUGCAUUGAAAUAAUCACAUUGACCAUAUUCAAAAGAUAUACUAAGUUAAAGUACGGACUAACUUUUUUUCGUAUAUUCCUUACGCAUGGCAAAAGACAGAAUUAACCCCGUCAAGUAUUGUCAUUCCCCCCACCUGUCAAUAAUAACUGUUGUAGAGAGAGAGGCUCGAUCUAUGGAGGUUCUCGCAGGAUGCUUCACAGACCUGUUGUACUGUCAUGCAUGCGCUAGACACUAACGUUUGCUCCUGGCAGAUGAAGCACCAGGAGUUAAAGAGGACCGACUGGAUGAUGAUGGCGACGACUGCAAGGGUCUUGUUCAGGCAAGUAAAGCACACCUUCCCUUGCCCCGUGCCUACCAGAUACCAAGCAGAGCAGUCCCCUACUGGGAUCUUUGCAGAAUAAGCAAAGGUGCCCUGAUGAUGAUAUAGCUGCUUUAAAGCCAAAUUAGCGAAACUGGUAAAAUAAUCCAAGUCUGCUGUGCUUUCAAUUCAUCUACUUUGAGUUUAAACUUGAAAUUUACUUGAAUGCCCAAAAUACUCACUUUGGUAAAUAAUCCCCUAACGGUAGAAAUCCAUACCUCUAUAAUCCUGCAACUGGGUGCCUCCAUCUUAGCUACCUGUCAAUCGUUGUUCUACGCAAGCUGCAUAGAGAACACAUACAGAGAAGAAAUGAAACUGUUUCUAUUUCCUCCUUCAUUUGUAAUGAAUGCCAUGGCUGUGCCUCCCCUGAACUGGAUUGUAACUGUAUUUGCUAAAUCUUUUUAAAAUAAAAUGGAGCAUCACUUGUAAAAUUAAAAUUAAAAAAAAUGUAAUGUAAGUCAUGAGAGAUUUUCAGUGUUUUAUGCAAUGGUGUACUCCUUAAACAAGUGAUGGUUCUCCUUUAAGUCACCUUGUUAGAAUAAUUACUUGUAAUUAUAAUUACUUCUCAUGUUUUGCAUUACAGUGUAUAUUGAUUUGUUUAUGCUACACGGUUUCUAGGAGGAAGAUAUGCAUUUUGUUAAACAUUAGUAAAUGUUUGCCACUAUGUGGUAAUUAGUAGCUGUGUAUUGUUGGCUUACUGAAACCGUAAUGUAACACACAGCAUAAACCGUUGCAUCCAAACACCCUUCAGACACAAUGUUGUGUGAAUGUCUACACUACUACUAACAUGAAGCCUGAGAGGCCUGGAUACUUUGUACUUCUUCUAGGUUAUAUGCAUGGAGGUGGAAUGAGAUAACUAGUUGACACAGGUUUAUAUUAUCAUAUUAUGUAUACUUUACAUUCUGCAGAAGAUAACAUUCUUAAUUUUCUCUCUUGCUGUUGUUUGAUCCAAUGAAAGAAGCCAAUACGAUCUAGCCACUUCCAUGUGAUACCUCGAAGCAAAAGAUCCUGCCAUCAGACUAAAGACUAACUCCACGGUUAAUUUUAGAUAUAGAGAUGCUAUGUGAUUAGAUCAAUAAAAGUAAGAUUAAACAUAUCAGAAUGUCCUUAAUUUGUAGCCAGUAUGCUUCUGUAUCGAUACUAGGAAAUGACUGAAAGGUUGACCAAACCUAAUGGGGUACGUAGAGCAAGUGGUACAUAUAAACAAAACUAGAGUUUUACAUAUGCACAUAUUUGCCGCUUUAAAUUAUACAAAUGGCUACUGAUAUUUUCACAAAACCAGAACAAAAAGUGAGUAAGAAACGCUCACAUGUGUUAACUCAAGAUGAUUUGUUUUUUGUUUUAUGUGGGUGCUUCUAAAUCAUGCAAGAAAAAAAGGC